CCGACCGACCGAUGAUGGAGGGAUUGGAUUAGACAGGAUGCCGGUUAGCAGCAGCCGCGUGUGGAACGUCACUUGACCGCCAUCUGGCCCAUUCCAUUACCUAACCUGCCUUCCCAGCAAAUCCCCCAUCCCCUCCAGUCUUGCUCCCGGCUUUUUGUCGUCGAUCGAUGUCAGUCCCCGAUGAUGAUCUGGAGGACAUUGAUGGGUCAGCCAGGGUCAUAGCUAGCAUAGCGUCAAUAGCUCAAGGUCUCUUGCAUGCAAUCGCUUAUUGACAAACGGGGGUUGCGAGAUGCACGACAAUCCAGACAAUCAACAAAUAUCAUCAACCAACUCCCACACCCCUCAUCAAAACCGUUACAAAGAAUCCGGGGAUUGCAUGACGCGAACCCCCAAAAAGACAAUACCGCCGACCCGGUGGCCGCAGGCUCUUCCUCCGCCAUUCAUUCAUUCAUUCAUUCAUUCAUUCAUCUAUCCGUUCAAUCAUUCCUUCCGUUCCAUGUCUACUAUAACAACGACCCCUACCAUCCACCCAUCCACCAUUUAUCCAACACACGGCCUGACCAUACUGCUGCUGCUGCUGCCGCCGCCGCUGCUGCUAAACCACCAGUGACAGUCCACCAACUAACCCAGCCACAGUACCCCGGAAUGCAACUUGAAGUCUAAACUCAACCCCAACCCCGGAGGAGCAAGUGACACGG